CCGGCGGUAGGUGGAGUCACCCUGGGGCCUGGACGGGAGCCUGGCGGGGUCAGCCCCAUCCAGCUGCCCUGCGCAUGGCUGCGCGGGCCCUGGGAGGCCGCUUUGGCCUGCGUGGGUACCUAGGCGCCGGCAGGCUACUGCGUCCCCGUUUCCAGAGCCGCGGCCCGCAAGGCGUAGAAGACGGGGACAGGUCUUCCUUGAAGACGCCCAAGGUCCCCAAAAUUUACACCAAAACAGGAGACAAAGGGUUUUCUAGCACUUUCACGGGAGAACGGAGACCCAAAGACGACCAAGUGUUUGAAGCCGUGGGAACUACAGAUGAAUUAAGUUCCGCUAUUGGGUUUGCUAUGGAAUUAAUCGCAGAAAAGGGCCACGCAUUUGCCGAAGAGCUUCAGAAAAUCCAGUGCACGUUGCAGGAUGUCGGCUCUGCCUUGGCGACGCCACGCUCCUCGGCCAGGGAGGCCCACUUGAAACACACCGCAUUCGGGGCGGGGCCUGUCCUGGAGCUGGAGCAGUGGAUCGACAGAUACUCCAGCCAGCUCCCCCCUCUCACAGCUUUCAUUCUGCCUUCGGGAGGCAAGAGUAGCUCUGCACUGCACUUCUGCCGGGCUGUGUGCCGCCGAGCUGAAAGACGCGUGGUACCUCUCGUCCAGAUGGGAGAGACCGAUGAGAACGUGGCCAAGUUCCUAAACAGGCUCAGUGACUACCUCUUCACAUUAGCCAGAUACGCAGCUAUGAAGGAAGGGAAGCAAGAAAAAAUAUACAAGAAAGAUGAGCCAUCAGACCGAGCCUGAACCUUCCGUGCACUGGCAGGGGUCCCGCGUAGACCCUCCGAGGUGACCCAGUGAAGAGGGUUUGCCCUGCUGCGUCGGCUUCCGGCAGCUCUUGCCCAGAGGGGCUGAAGGCAGGGCUCAGCUUAGCCUCACAGCCUGCCCCUCCCCUCCAAGGACCACGGCCUGGCAGAAUUCUGUCCUCUCCCCGUCUUGAACUGGGAGGGAAGUGGCGUGGAUUCAGUAUUGCAAGAAAGAAAGGUAUAGGGACGGAUGCAAUGAGAGGAAGCUGUGUGGGAAAAAGAAUAAAAGUGGCAAAGGCUUGA